ACCCCACCCCGUAUCCAUCCGUCUUGAGUACAAUGGGCGUCACGGUCGAAGUUAUCCAGCCCGGCGACGGCAAGACGUUCCCGCAGAAAGGCCAGGUGGUCAGUAUCCACUAUGUCGGUACGCUGCAGGAUGGGACCAAGUUCGACUCGAGCCGGGACCGGGGAACGCCGUUCGAGACGGCCAUCGGCGUGGGGCGGGUCAUCAAGGGCUGGGACGAGGGUGUCCCGCAGCUCUCUGUCGGCACCACCGCGCGCCUGAUCUGCACCCCGGACUACGCGUACGGCUCGCGCGGCUUCCCCCCGGUCAUCCCGCCAAAUGCGACCCUCACGUUUGAGGUCGAGCUUCUGUCGCUGCAGUAGUCUCUUGUUCUUU